UCAUAUGUGCGUGUUGGUCUGUGCAAAAUGCCGAGGUUGGUACUGAAGAGCCCCUAUGGUUAGUUCGAACGUGCUUAGCUGUCUUGCCUAUACAACAUGGUAAACGGUGCCAUCAUUUCAUAUGAAUUCCCACAACCUCGAAAGUCUACUUUUCAACUCCACCGUUUUUGAACCGUUUUCAGAAGACCUUGUUGAACAAGUGCUUGCAGAACGAUCAGGAAGAACGAACAAUAUGCUGAGUUUACUGGCAGUGUUUCUGCUCGCCUGCUGCACCUCACUAUCCGUCGCUGAGUUCGGAGCGGGGACCUUGAAAGGACAUGUGACAAUCCGAUCGGAUAGCGACAGUGCAAGCUUCUCUGCUGACCAGAGUGCAGACAGUGAAGACAGUGUGGAUAAUGAGGUCCAGAUGCCGAUGCCGAUGGAGCCUUGCUUUCUCACGCAAACGUGCGAGUUCAGUAACGAUGCCAUUCAAGUAGCGCAACCAGCCGAAUUCGAUCUGAUUCAAAUGGCGCUCAGUGCAGUACCUGAAACGAAUAUGCUCUUUACCAGUGCGCUUACAAUCCUGGACCAGCAAGAUGCUGUGCUCAAUAAUGGUGUUUUGGCUAGCGACUUUAAUUGCUUCAUGUCGCAGGAUACGCAGUCACCGUUUGCGGCACUAUCCAAGUCAAGUCUCGGAUUCUCUGUCGUUCUAGACAGGACGGGCGAUGUGUUGCUGUUCACUUACACCUACACAAAUCUGCCGUCUUCGUUUGGGACACUCAGAGUGAUAUUCGCAUUUUCAUUGGUUACUGGAUUCAGUCAACCUACUUUCCAGUUCCGGUCGACGGAGGGCGAAUUCCUUGAAUUGAACCAGCGGGGGGAGAUUUACACACUGGAUGAGCCCCUCAUUUGUGGUGGAGCUGAGCCGACGGAUUCACCAGAUAGGCCACCCACAUUACCACCUGCUCUGGCUGGCGAUCUAGGUGCUGUUACGACGGCUAUUCAGAAUGCUCUCUGCCCGACGACUUAGCCGUUUACAAUCACCCUUCAUUGGUCUGGCACAUCUUUAACUUAAAUUUUUAACUUUUGCCUGUUCUUCAUUUUCUGUAAGUUACAACCGGCGAAAAACAAUGUUUUUACUCACAGAAAGGAUGUCAUCUUCCAACAGUGUUGCCUACUUUGCACUUUUAAGUUAUGCCUUUCGCUGUGGACUUUGGUCUUUUCAAUUUCACUUCCGCAAAUUAGUAGGACC